AUGGCAACUGCAGCAUUAAGAUCUGGUAUACUUUCUGAUUUUACUGGAAAGUCAUCAAGAAUAACUUUAUAUGUUUCUAAACCAUUAAAAUCACAUCAAACAUUAGAAGAAAUUAAUAAAUAUCAAAAAAAAAGAAAUACACUUGUUUAUGGAAGAGGAUAUGCUAGAAAAAUUUCAAUUGCUUUAGAUGCUAAAAAAAAAUUUCUCCUUCGUCAAUAUUAUAGAAGAAAAAAACUUUUAUUAUGUUGGUUAGGACUUAUAACAGGAAUUUUAGGAUUAUUUUUAACUAUUGUAGAUGUUGAAAUUUCUGCAUAUCAAGGAUAUCUUAAAGAUGUCUCAUGGUGGUUACGUGUUAUUAUUAUUAUUUCAACAAUACUUUUAGACUCACUUAUUUUAUUUUAUCAUUAUUAUGAAGCUAAGUUAAUUGCAUUAGAAGCUAUGAAUGAUAGUUGGCAUGUUGGAUGUACAAAAGAACAUGUAAUUAAAAUUAUUCUUGAAUUAUUAGUUUGUUCUAUAUGCCCACCAACCUAUGAUUAUUUAUUUAGAUGGCCAAAUUUAAAUCCUGAAACUAAUGUUAUUAUACCAUCAUUUGAUAUUCCACUUAAUGUUUUAAUAUCAUUUCCAAUGUUUUUUCGUCUAUAUCUUUUGGCAAGGUAUCUUGUUUAUAAGGCAAAAAUAUAUACUAAAUCAUCAACGAGAACAGUAGCAGUUCUUGGACAAGUUUCUGUUAAUUUUUCUUUUGUUGUCAAAAGUGCUCUUUUUACAGAACCUUUAAAAGUUAUCUCAUUUAGUAUUUUAUUAUUUUGGAUUUCUGCUGCAUGGAUGUUAACACAAUGUGAAAGAUAUGCAGGUGAAAAUAAUAUUAAAGCUAUUUUUACAUAUUGUAAUUUUAUUUGGUUUGAAAUUGUGACAUUUUUUUCUAUUGGAUAUGGUGAUAUACAAGUGAAGACAUAUUGUGGAAGAGCUAUAGCUAUAUCUACAGGAAUUGUUGGAGCUGUUAUGUCUUCUUUAAUGACAGUUGUUAUGGGAAGGUGCUUAUUAUUAACAUUAGCAGAAAAAAGAGUUAAUCAGGUUGUCUCUGAAUCACAACUUCAAAUACAAUAUAAAAAUACUGCUGCAAAGGUACUUCAAAGUAUUUGGAGAAUUACAAGAUGUAGAAUAAGAUUAAGAAAAUAUUAUGAAGAAAAUGUAACAUGUUCUGGAUAUGAAAAAAAAAUAACAUUUCUUUUAAGAAUGGAACAAAGAAAAUUACUAGCUGCUAUCAUUGAAUUUAGAAAAUUAAGAUGGAGAAUAAGAAAAAAAGUUGAGAAUAUUGAUGAAUUAAUUGUUUAUAAUAAAUCAUUUAAUGAAACAAGAGAAAAAGUGCAAACAUUUAGGAAUCGUCAAAAUGAAUUAAAUAGAAAUUUAUUGCAACUUUUUGCUAAAGUUGAAGAUUUAUCUAAUCUGUUAUUAAAUAACUAUUAG